AGUUUCACAUGCUUUCUUUCUUUCUUUCUUUUUUACUCAUGGUGUUUUUAUAUUAUUUUGUCUCUUUUGAUUUUACAUAUACAAGCCCUUCCUUUUUGGUUGGUAAUGUGUCUUGGAUUGAGAAACCGGAGAGAUUUCAAAUGAACUCCAUACACCCUUUGACCACAUGUUGCAAAAAUAAACCUUGGCAUGUCUGUACAGUAAAGCUGCAUGUAACUGUAUUGGCUCAUGCCAGUGAUGGGAUUUCUCUGUUCUACAUUGCAGCUCAAGUCUCUCUUUUUUUAAUCAGAGAAUUUACACCAUUAGUAUGUUUUUUGUCUUUCAGGAUUUUUUGCAAAAUCACUUUCUCUCGUAGGACUUCUAUUUGUAGUAUUUCUAGUCUGAAUGUAUUGGCUGUAUACUUACUUAAGAGUGGGAAAUAGUGUAAAAUCAGUGUUGUAACAUGAAAAUAAUAAUACUGUAGCUGAAGGUGCAUGUGGUAAGUUAAUGCUGUCAGAUUCUUAUAGCAGCCUAGUUCUUUUCUCUUAUUUAGAACAGAGUUUUGCUCUCCCUUUGAUUUGAAAUAGUAGGCUAUUAGUCAGCGCUCAGUUCAGUGCUAGUUCACAGAGUUCAACAUUUUGCAAGACCAAGUGAAACAAAAAUAGUAGACUGCUUGUCUGGAAGCACCUUGUUUGGGGAGGUUAAAUGACCAGUGGAACUGGAACAAGUUACACUUAACAACCUCAUGUAGCCUUUUCUAUACAAUCCCUAAAAGGAAGGGGACAUGUUUUUCUUGUAUAUGUAAUAUUGACUUAUCCUAGGCCAUACUAGCUGCAUCCUGGAAGAGACAUCCAUGUUUUACAGGAACUCCUAUUUGAAAUAUUUUUUUUCUUAAGAAUGCAUGCAAAUAUUACAGCACAUCCCCUUCAGUAGCAGUAUAUUAUCUCAAUAUGUUUUGCAUUUUUCUGAGUUUUUGAUUUCACAAAUAUACUUCAUUCUGUACUUGAGUAUGUGUUAAACAACUACAGUACUGGAAAUAGUUCUUCUCCCACAUUGCUCAUAUAAACUUUUCAUAUUAAUGUGAAGUUAUUACAAUUUUACCAGCUUUUGCAGGUAGUCCCUGCUUUGCUCCUAUCCUCUUGUUGCAUAUUGGCUUUGGCACAGAGAUAUUUGCUUGUGUUAGGCCAGACUUCCCUGUUACAUUGAACCAGACAUCUCUGGCCUGAUGUUGGCUAAUAAAGCAAGAAAAUAAAACUGAAUCACAAGGCAGGAUCUUUAUACUGCAGUCAGUGAAAGGUGUGCGUGUUGCCCUUUUUCAUAAUGUUAUAAAGCCUGGAAUGAUUAUCUGAACUGAACCAUUGUACACUUGGGUUUUAAUAUUAGUCAAGUUGCUUUUGUAGUGAUAAAAUAAAUGCUUUGGAAUUAUUGUUUUGAAUUAGUUCUGUUAAGUGUUCAAAGUUGUGGCUUAUUUGCACUAUUGCAAUAGGUAAUCAAGGCAAACAUUUCUAUAAAUCCUGUAUGUUCAUAGAUGACUUUGGCCAUUUUUAUUUAUUUAGGUGUUCAACUAAUCACCUGUCUAGUCUACAAAUACUGGUUUACUGGUUUGCCUGAGUAGCUGGUUCAUGUUUGCCACAGCAACUUUCCUUAUGUGUUGCCUUCAGUACCUUCUGUUAUGGGCGGAGGGCUUGGAAAAGAAAUGGAGAUUUUGUUCACUUGCACAAGGAUUGGAGGAAAAAUAGAUUUGUAAAAAGUAGCCUUUUUCCUUCUCCAAUUCUUGCCUUCUUCAAGUCCAAGUGCAAAAAAGAGCUUGGAGAAGGAUGUGCAUGCAGCUGCUCCAGAGAGCCAGGGACACAUCCUUGGUCUCCGCUGGUUCAUCCACCAAGCCAUGGAUGUCGUUCGACUCACAACAGUCCAAUUCACACUGCUACUGGCUCACGGCUUACUCAGAACUUCUCUGUGUCUGUUCCCACUCUCAUCUACACUGGAUUCCUUUCAAUGAAGAUCCCAAUCCCAAUCCUCAUUCAUCAGGACCCUCCACCCCUCUGAAAAACCAAAUCUAUUCCUUUUCACCUUCCAAGUCCUACAGUCGACAGUCCUCUUCUUCUGACACAGAUUUGAGUUUGACACCCAAAACUGCAUUUUCCCCGCAGGGACCUAGGAUUUUCCUGUUUCCCAGUUCCCCAUCUCUGUCUUGUGAUUCCCCACAACUUAAACAGCCCUGUCUCCUUCUCUCUGGGCCUAGCCCUAACCCUCUUCACUCUAGCCAUGUCAACCCAGUUCUGAGGAAAAGUGUUUCUUUCACUGAAGAGUUGCUUCUGGCUGUUUCUGGAAUGGGCAGUGGGAGUGCUGGAAAAGAAGGGGGACCAUUAAAAGCUCUGUUAAGACAACAGACUCAAUCAGCUCUGGAGCAAAGGGGAGGAUCGCCUCAUAGGUUCUGUAGAAGGCGGGACAAGGAGCUGGAGAAAAUGGGUAGAGCUGAAUUAUUAAAGCAGAAGCACGAGGAAUUUCCUUUUUUUACUUUGACGGCCUUUCCUCCAGGCUUCCUUCUCCACGUAGGUGGAGUUGUCAGUGCCCGUUCGGUGAAGCUCUUGGAUCGUAUCCACAAUCCUGCCUUUGUCGGAAUUAUGGGUAACACAAGAUCAUACAAACUGCUAGACUGGAAUAGUUUCAAUUCAGAUGACCCAGAGACAAGAGACGCUUGGUGGGCAGAAAUCCGUCAAGAAAUAAAAUCUCAUGCAAAGGCAUUGGGUUGUCAUGCAGUAGUGGGCUACAGCGAAUCUACUAGUAUUUGUGAAGAGGUCUGUAUUUUGUCAGCAUCCGGCACAGCAGCUGUACUGAACCCUAGGUUUCUGCAAGAUGGCACCAUGGAAGUCUGUUUGGAACAAAGGUUGUCAUGGCAGCCUGGAUACUUUUCCAUAGGGUCAGAGAAGGGAGAGGUUGAUUUUUUCCCUCAAAACCAGGAUAGUUCUUCUCUAUUAGGGUUAGAGGAAACAUCACCUCCGGGCUGUGGCUUUUGCCACAUACCAUAUGAUGAGCUCAACAUGCCAUUCCCUGCUCAUCUUACUUAUUGUUGCAACUGUCGGAAACAAAAAGUCCCUGAUGUUAUUUUUACAACAAUAGAUCUGCCUGUGGAUGCCAUAGUGAUUGGGAAAGGAUGUCUCAUUCAAGCCAGGCUGUGUCGGCUGAAGAAGAAGGCUCAAGCUGAAGCAAAUGCAACCUCCAUCAGUAAUCUGCUGCCGUUUAUGGAAUAUGAAGUACACACCCAACUCAUGAAUAAGCUAAAACUAAAGGGGAUGAAUGCACUUUUUGGGCUGAGGAUCCAGAUCACAGUGGGAGAAACAAUGUUGAUGGGGUUGGCAUCUGCCACAGGUGUGUAUUUGACUGCUUUACCAGCUCCUGGUGGUAUUCAGAUCGCUGGAAAGACACCAAAUGAUGCCACAUAUGAACAACAUAUCUCUCACAUGCAGAAGAAAAUAAAUGAUACAAUAACAAAAAACAAGGAACUUUAUGAGAUUAAUCCUCCUGAGGUAUCUGAAGAAAUCAUAGGUUCUCCCAUUCCAGAACCAAGGCCCCGCACUAAGCUGCUAAGAUCUCAGUCUGAAAGUUCUGAUGAAACUGCAGAAUUGGAUCUCUCACAUGGAAAGAAGGAUGCUUUUGUUUUGGAGAUUGAUGAUACAGAUGCAAUGGAGGAUGUUCAUUCAUUAUUGACCGAUGUCCCACCACCUUCAGGUUUUUAUAGCUGUAACACAGAAAUUAUGCCUGGUAUAAAUAACUGGACUUCAGAUAUACAGAUGUUCACAUCGGUGAGAGUCUCCCGUCUUACCAACAUUGCCCUAACAAAUCAAACACUCAACAAGACCUUUAAUGAUCUCUGUGAGAAUUUGCUGAAGAGCCUAUAUUUCAAACUUCGGUCUAUGAUUCCUUGUUGCCUGUGCCAUGUGAAUUUUACAGUUGCUCUUCCAGAGGAUGAAAUAAUUCAGGUCACUGUCACUGCAGUUGCAAUAACUUUUGACAAACACCAAGCUUUACAGACGGCCAAAAUACCUGCAGAGAAAACAGUACAAAGAGCUUCUACAGACAAUGAAGAGCAGCUACAAUUUCCACUGGAGCUUUCUUCUGAUCCUCAUGCUCCUCAGCAAUUCUCACCAGCUAAAGAGGACCUGGAGAAUGCAAGUUCCCACACAGGUAUACCAGCUGCCCAAAGAGCAACGUCAGUUGAUUACAGUUCCUUUGCAGACAGAUGCAACAGCUGGAUAGAAUUCAUUAAACUGAAAGCUCAGACCAUAAGGCGUGGAUCAAUUAAGACAACUGUAUCAAUUGACAAGCCAAGUCCCUUUACAGAAGGACAAUCCCGUAACCGCUCUGGCCCAUCAGGCAUUAAUUCCAUUGUGCCAGUUGUUAAGAUGACACCACUUUCUUUUAUACCUGGAGCAAAAAUAACUAAAUACCUUGGAAUAAUCAAUAUGUUUUUUAUACGAGAAACCACUUCUUUGCGUGAGGAAGGAGGUGUGAGUGGCUUUCUGCAUGCUUUCAUCGCUGAAGUGUUUGCAAUGGUCAGAGCUCAUGUGGCUGCCCUGGGAGGAAAUGCCGUUGUAUCAUAUAUCAUGAAACAAUGUGUUUUUAUGGAGAACCCAAAUAAAAAUCAGGCACAGUGCCUAAUAAAUGUAAGUGGAGAUGCAGUAAUCUUCAUACGUGAAGCUGAAUUAGAAGGGGCACCAGUUCAACCUUCCACUGCCAACUCUCAGCCCACAAGUACAAGAGAGAUUACAACAUGAAGACAAAGAGUGUCUUUAAUUGUAUGUCACAGUCCCUUCGGAUUGUAGGAGAGCAAGGCUUUGAUUUGUUUCUUAAUCAGCAACACUGUGUAUCAAGGACAGGUAUAUCUUAAGACAUUCAGUAAAUAUUAUCCAUCUUAUGAAUAAAAGCUAUAGAACCAUCUAACAAGUCCUAUGCACAUGAAAGAUCUAUCUGAAGAAAGAGUUGUAAAUAACAGACAUUCCUCAGACCUAAAGUCAUCAGGAUAUUGCCCUGCAUUUCCCAGGAAUAAAAUAGGAUAAAAUCAAACUUGGAAAUACUGUUAAGAGACAAAUGUUGCUAAUUCUGAGCCGGGGAAGAGAAGGCUUUGUAACGCAACUGGAAUAUGACUGAAAAUAUACAUCUCACACCUUCUUGACCAAGGAAGAGCUGGUUUCACCAGUAUUGCCAAAUAUAUGACAUGAACUGGACAAUCUGGAAAUAACUGCAUGCUAGAAUAUUUUUUUUUCAUGUUUGUGAACUAUUGAAUAUUUUUCUAUUGUACAUUUUUUGUUUUAAAUUGUUGAAUACCAUUAUGGUAAAAAAAAAAAACUGGUUCAGACAUAUUGCCAUUAAAUGUUUUUGUAACAACAGUGAUAAGAGCUUGCUGUCCAGAGUCAGUGAAACCCACUUGCAUGUCAAAAAUGAAAUCAGGGCUUUAUAUUCAUAUAUAGUUAUAGAGACCACCCACCCACAACUGAUGCUAAAUAUGGUACUUAGAAAGGUAAGGAUUACUGUGGUAUAUAGAAAUAAGUCAUUUUUCAGACACAUGUGGAUGAUUUUGAUAAAAGAUUAGAGAAUGGAAAUCUAAGAAAUGACUGAUAAUGGAUGCAAUCCCACACAGUUCUGCACAUGGGAAGGAGACACAUGUAUAUACAGCCAAAGAUGUUUAGAAAGUUGUCGCAGCUGCAGGUGCCUAGUGGAAGAGGAGAAACAAUUUCCCAUUAAAUAAUGGCUUGCCUCUUCAACUGGGGACCAGCUGCUGCAGGAAAGCUUUUCAGAUGCUUCUAGAUGUCCAUCAUCUUUCACUCAUAGCGCAGCCAAAAUGUUUUGAUGGCCUCCAGUAUGGAACUUGAAGAAAAUACAUAAACUUGAAUGUAAAUAGAUGUUUUGCUGGAUCUAGGUACAGAAAUUAUAUAUUAUUUGUCCAGUUCAGAGAUUCCAUUGUAAAUGAGGAUGAUGAAAAUCACAUUCCUAUUUGCAUAAUAAACUAUCUUUAUUUAAAA